AAUGUAACCUCUCUCCAUUUUAUUUUACCGAUACAUAUUCUCACCUCAUUAUCGUGAAUGACGUGAAUUCCACCACUUCCACUCGGCCACCGUGACCACACAUAAACAAACACAUCUAACCGCCCCUACCUCAACCAAACAACAACAUAAUACCCCGAGAGCCGAAUCACCAUGGCCGACUACGACCAGCCCACCAUGGGCGCCUCGACAGCCGCAGCCGCCGCACACGCCCAGCUCAAAAAAGUCAAGAAGCAAAAAGUCCUCCUCAUGGGCAAAUCCGGGUCCGGCAAGUCGUCCAUGCGCAGCAUCAUCUUCAGCAACUACCUCGCGCGCGAUACGCGCCGCUUGGGGGCCACCAUCGACAUCGACCUGUCGCACGUCAAGUUCCUCGGCAAUCUGACGCUCAACCUCUGGGACUGCGGUGGGCAGGAGGCCUUUAUGGAGAACUACCUUUCGCAGCAGCGGGCGCACGUGUUCAGCAACGUCGGGGUGCUAAUCUACGUCUUUGACAUUGAGUCGCGCGACGUGGACCGCGACUUGGCGACGUACGUCAACAUCAUUUCGGCGCUCGUGCAGUACAGCCGCGAGGCCAAGGUGUUUGUCUUGAUUCACAAGAUGGACCUGAUCCAGCCGAUGACGCGCGAAGAUGUGUUUGAUCGCCGCGUUGCGCUGGUGAGACGCAAGACGGCCGAGGCGGUGGCGAUUGUACGGAAACAGAAGCCCGAAGUUUCUGGAGUAGGAGGAGGAUUACCCGGCCCUGGCGGCGGCGGCGGCGGCGGUGCCAUGAUGGCAGGCUCCCUCCCCUCCCCGGAACUCUCCACCCCGAUCCCCGACCUCGAAGUAGAAAUGCAACUCUUCGCCACCUCCAUCUGGGACCAAUCUUUGUACAAAGCCUGGGCCUCCAUCAUCCACGACCUCGUUCCCAACCUGUCCGUCAUCGAAACCCAACUGGCCUCCCUGGGCGUAGCAAUUGACGCCGACGAGAUCCUCCUCUUCGAACGCACCUCCUUCCUGGUCGUCUCCAAAUGGACUUCUCCAGAAGGGGAAUCAAACCCCUACGGCGACCGCUUUGAGCGCAUGUCCAACAUUUUGAAGGCGUGGAAACACACGUGCUCAAAGUAUACGGGCACGCCGAGGAACGCCGAGCAGUUUUCGGACUUUGAGUACAAGAUGGGCGCGAACUUUAGCAUGUUUGUCACCAAAUUUACGACGAAUACGUACAUUUUGGUGUGCAUGCCACCGGGCGAGGCGAGGUUUAACAGCGCGAAACUGAAUGUGGCGGCGGCGAGGCCGUGGUUUAGGUUCCUGGAUGGCCCCAUGAUUGCGCCGACGGCGGGCAUCGGGAGUUCUCAGAUGUUAAGCGGGUUGGCGGCGGCGGGGGGUGAAGUGGCGUAA